AUGACUCAACUUUCAACACGUAGAAAAGAUUCGUCCAGUAAUAUAGGAAGAACCAUUGAAAAUGGCAAUAGUUUUGGCAGAAGUAUUGAGUUUCGCGAAGGUGCUUCAAUUCAACUAUUGAAACAUAACGAAAGAUCCAGAAAUGAAAAUUUUGGUCAAAUUGUUCUUAAUCCAGAAGCAUUAAACGUUUUUCGAACCAUUCAUGAGCCUCUUGCUAUCAUUUCUGUCGUUGUUUCUUCAACAUUUAUUUAUAAUAUAAAUGGAAUUGUUGGUAAAGAUGACAUAGGAAAAUUGUAUUUAAUGACAGAAUUAAGUAAAUUCGUUCAAGAACCAGAAGUUGGAGAUUUUUUACCGAGAUUAGUUAUUUUAUUACGUGAUUUUACUUUAGUGCCAUUAUUGACAAGUUUGACGAAGAUUGACGAGGUAGAGAAUGCCGUAAAAUCAAUUUACUCUCAACUUCCUCUUAAAUACAUUGAAUUCCUACAAGUUAUCGUUGAACGUAUGAACAGUUCAAAAACAUCCACACUUCCUUUCAAUCCUUCUGAAUAUGGAUCGAUUAUCCAAUAUGUUUCACGAAUGAAGAAAGAUGAAUACAAAUUAACAAAAAUAUUACACAUCAAAGAAGAAGCUGGAAGGUUGCAUUUAGAAGCAUUGACUCGUGGAAAAGAAUUACAUAUGGAAAUAGAAGCACGAAAACAUGAAAACGAAGAAAUGAAAGAAAUUUCAGAAAGAAAAUGGCAGAAAUACAAGCAAAUAUUGAACAACAUAAAUUACAUGAAGAAAGGAAACAGCGUUUAA